AAACUGUACCUUAAGUAUCAAGGCCAAUUCACAGAAAUCCCAAUUUCACACAAUGACAUGACAUUCUUGCAGACACCAAAAGAGACAGAUAUAAGUGACAAAGAUCUCGACACAUGUAAUGAAUUCAAGUACAAAAGUGAAGAAUUAGAAGAAAAGGAAGGGUACUAUAUGAAAGAACAAUCAGAUGGAGAACUAUAUGAGAACCCAUAG